UUCCUGCUGCAAUGGGGAACAUGGGCCAGGUGGGCCAAGGGGCCCCAACAGGAGCACAGCCAGUUAAUGGCUCACCACAUCUGCUGCUGCCUCAUUUAACCACCCACCUGCAAAACAACAGCUUGCUGGGAGCCUGUGCCUGGAGGCACUGAGCCAGCAUGGCUCCAUCCUGCAGGGUCCUCCACUGUGCCCAGCCGGGGGCUGUCAGCCUUUAGUUGAGCACAGGACGGGGCAGCACAAGCUACAAGAGUGAGGGAUAUGGGGACCACAAGGACAGUGCUGGCAGUGCUGUGUUCAGCCCUUUAAACCUCAUGGGAUGGAGAAGCUGCUGCACUGGCCCCGUGUCAGUCAGACAAAUCCAGACCUGGCUCAGGAGUGAGGCUGUGUCCCUGUAUCCUGGAGGCAAAGAAGGAGCCUGUGCUGUGGGAGGGACAGCAAAGUGUCAGCUCCUGUGCUCCCCUGAGCCUCUAGGUGAACAAAACGCUGUGCACCUGCAUGCUGACAUGGGAGCAAGCUGCACCCAAGCACCGUCCCUGUCAUGCAGGGGUGGGGAUGAGCUCUGUCGCCGUCGUUCAGCCUCCCCAGGGGCCCCCAUCGCAGCGAAGGGGGGCAGCAGCGAAGCUCGGGUCCAUCCCAUCCCGCGGCUCUGCCCACGCUGCUCUCCCUCCGCCCCACGUCUCCACGCACCCCGGGAGCUGUGCCACGCUGCGGGCACCGGAGGGGACGCGGUCAACAGCGGGAACAGACACGGACUGAAGGUGGCACCGCGUUCAGAGAAGGUGGCACGAAAGCCACCAAGCCAACACGUGGUGGAGGGCGAUGAUUCCGGUGCCCAACAGCACAGCGGUGACAUGGCCGGAGAUGGAGAGGUCGCCCUGCAUGGUUGGCAUCUUCCCCGUCGUGUAUUACAGCGUCCUGCUGGGCCUGGGGCUGCCAGUGAACAUCCUGACAGCCGUAGCCCUGUCCCGCCUGGCCACGAGGACCAAGAAAUCAUCAUACUGGUACCUGCUGGCCCUCACCACGUCCGACAUCCUCACCCAAGUCUUCAUCAUCUUCGUGGGCUUCAUCCUGCAGACGGCCAUCCUGGCACGGGCGGUUCCUCGCGCCUUCAUCCACAUUGUCAACGUCUUGGAGUUCACAGCCAACCACGCCUCCAUCUGGGUCACUGUCCUGCUCACCGUGGACCGCUACGUGGCCCUGUGCCACCCCCUGCGGUACCGCACCGUCUCCUACCCCCGUCGCACCCGCAGGAUCAUUGCUGCUGUGUUCAUUGUGGCUUUGGCCACUGGAAUCCCCUUCUACUGGUGGCUGGACGCCUGGCGUGACGCCGACCCACCCACCGCCCUGGACAAGGUGCUCAAAUGGCUGCACUGCGUCACCAUCUACUUCCUGCCCUGCAGCAUCUUCCUGGCCACCAACUCAAUCAUCAUCCACAGACUGAAGCAGCGCAGACACUCUGGGAGGAACGGGCCACACCGGGGUAAAACCACAGCCCUCCUCCUGGCUGUCACCACCGUCUUCAUCGUGCUCUGGGCUCCCCGCACUGCUGUCAUGAUGUGCCACCUCUAUGUGGCCUCGGUCAAGAGGGACUGGAGAGUUCACCUGGCCCUGGACAUCGCCAACAUGGCAGCCAUGCUCAACACCACCCUCAACUUCUUCCUCUAUUGCUUUGUCAGCGAGACGUUCCGCCGUGCUGUGGGUGAGGUGCUCCGUGCACACACAUGGCAUGGCACCCAGCACAGCAGAGCCCGCUUCGUGCCCCCAACCCUGAGCCCAUUGCAGCUGCUGGGCACAAAGUGCUCGGUGGGGGGCUGCCACAAGCCGGGGGUCCCGGUGCUCACACAGCAUCCAAUGGGGCCCUGCCCAAGGGAUGCUGCCCUGCUGCACCCACAGAGCUGCAGUGCUGGGGGUGGUGGGAGCUCACAGCUGCUCUGCAGCUCCAACGAGGCAGCAAAGCUGGCCCCAGGUGAGCUCUGCAGCCCCAGGGAGGAGGCAAUGUGAUGGGGUUGCACUCUCCUGCAUAAACUCUGAUGUUCAGUCUGUAAUGCUGUGUGGGUCUGGCUCCAUCUGAGUCCCUCAGCUCAGCCUGCUGCCCUCGGGGUGCUGUAUGACUCUUCUCCCACCCGUGUCCCCACUGAGUGGCACACACACAGCUCAGAGCCACGCUCCCACUUGCACCACCAGGCUGCUGUGAUGCUGAGUGAGCAGCCAUGGCCGUGCCAGCCUGCCUGUCCCCAGCUGCCACCAGAGGGCAGGGACAGGACGCCCAGCAGAGCUGGCACAGGCAGCAGCAGGGAGCUGGAACCCCAUGUCCCGUGGCAGCAGCUGGGUGCAGAGCAGCAGCCUUGCCUGCCCCACUUUCCAUCCUAAUUCUCACAUAAGGUCCUUACUAUAAUCCCCCCCCAAAACAGAGCGGCCUUUCCACUGUAAUUCCUCAUAAACCAGCACCCAUGGAGCAGCCCCAGUGCUGGUGGCUUGGAGUAUUUGGGCUGCCCCAAACAGGGCACAGAGAGCAGCCCAGUGCCCUGUGCUCACCAGGCUGAGCCCAGCACUGCGGUGGGACAGGGCACAGCAGGAUAUGCUGACCCCUGCAUUACACCAGGGGGGGAUCCAGCCCCCACUGCCCUGCUCCCACCA